AAUAAUGUGUCUCUGCCUUUAAUAUUUUUAUAUUUAUGAUUGUCCAUAGUAUUGAAAAUUCGAAAAUGAUUCGAAAAUAGGUUAUAUUUAGUCUAUAUUUUUCUAAGAGAAGGAGAAAGAGAGAGAGAGAGAGAGCAACGACUCUAAACUGAAUAAAACUUUUUAAAAUUUCCCUUGACAAAAUGUCAAUGCUAUUUCAAAGGAUUGUUAGUAAAUUGCAAGGACUUAAGCCUAUUUGUCUACUUAAAUAUUGCACAACCGUAGAAAAUCAAAGAAAAAUUGAAGAUAUCGUUCCGCUUAUAUCUAAGAUACAGUACAAUGACGAGAAGAAUUUUUAUCAAAAACCUCGACAAGUAUGGCUAGAGAAUUUGAAUACAAUAGAAGAAAAGAAAUUAGGUUUGAUUACUUUACAUCCACAUAUUUAUGCGGCUGCACCUCGUAUCGAUAUCAUUCAUCAGAAUGUGAGAUGGCAAAGAAUGUAUCGCUGGGUUUCUUACGCACAUACAAAAACACGUGCCGAAGUUAGAGGUGGUGGUAAAAAACCUUGGCCACAGAAAGGACUGGGAAAAGCUCGUCAUGGAAGUAUACGUUCACCAUUAUGGAGAGGUGGUGGAGUAGCUCAUGGUCCUCGUUCUCCAACGCCACAUUUUUACAUGUUGCCAUUUCAUAUCCGUAUAGCAGGUCUUAUGGCAACAUUAUCUAUAAAACUUGCGCAAGAUGACUUGCAUAUAAUUGAUGAAUUGGAAAUUCCAUCGUCAGAAUCUUCGUAUAUAGAGCAAUUAAUCGAGGAGAGGAAUUGGGGACCAUCUGUUCUUUUUAUAGAUAGCUAUGAUAUUAUGCCUACAAAUAUUACACUUGCAACUGAUCAAAUUAAGCAUGUCAAUCUAAUGCCUAUAUAUGGUCUGAAUGUAUAUAGUAUGCUGAAACACAAUACUCUAGUACUUACAGAAAAGGCAGCCAGAUUAAUAGAAGAGAAAUUACUCUAUCAUUUACACAGAGCUGACAACUAUAAAUCUAAUUCAUUCAAACUGAAUCAGGAAUGAAGUCCAAUGAUUUUCAGU